AUGACGGGCGGGCUGCGUAAGAGAAAUGGUGUUUCUCAAUGGACGCCACAAAGACAAACACACGAAUCUAUUUUACGAAAGUUGCACUUGGAUCCGACGACGGGCGUGGCACGGGCAGAUGACUCAGACGACGGCCGUUGGUCGCGCGACAGGUACGGAUAGCAACUACGGGAGAGUGUAGGGGAACAGAUUAGCCAACGUUCGGCGGCAUCUAUAUAACUUUUUCCCAUGCGAAACCGAUAACAGCGAUCAAAAAACACUUUAUAGAGUGAUAGAAAGUACCAGGGAAGAAUAUGAGGAUAGAUGGCAUAGGCGUUUGUAUUAAUUAUAAUAUUUUGGGGAGGAGGAUUUCUGAUUUCUAAUUAUCUAUGAUAAUUGACUUACAAUCAUAACUGUUUUUGGGAAAUAAUUUUGUUUGUUAAAUUUAACUUUAUGUUAUCAGUUCUUUUUAUAUUAUGUUUUUCCGGGAGAAAAAUAAUUUUAAUUGUUUUAUUAUAUUUUUAAAUAAAAUAUGAGUACCUAAAGAAUACAAUUUACCCGGUCCUCCAUAUUUUCUCUGAGUUUUCUUAUCUAUCGUUUCUAUUAUCAUAUUAAAGAAUACUGAAGAUAGGACAACUCCUUGUUGGAGUCCGGUCUGAACUUCUAAUUUCUCUGACUCCUCCUCCUCUGAUUGAAUCAAAUUUUACAUCUAGUUUUAUAUACAUAAAGUUGAGUAAUUUUCAUUAUUUUAGCUGGUAUUCUAAAGGUUAUAUGUGCGUUCCAUAGCGUUUCUCUAUUUAUUGAAUCAUAUGCUUGUUUAUAGUCAAUAGCAUAUGCAAUUCUUUGCCAAAUCCAUAAUGCUUCUCAACUAUCUAUUUAACAGUAAAAAUGUGAUCUUUAGUAGCUUUACCGCUCAUAAAGUCAUAUUGGUAAUAUCAAAUGGUAUUUUUUUAUAUAAGACGUUAUUCUUUUUAGUAUGAGGCUUGAUAUUACUUUUUACAUUGUAUUCAAUAGCGAUAUUCUUCUCUAGUUUUGGUAGCUCGAAAUAUCUUCCUUCUUCUGGACAGAUUAUUCGUAAUUGUCAUUAUUUUGGUAUUUCUUCUUUAUGCCACACUUCCCUAAUUAAUUUUCCAAUUUCAUUUAUCAAUUCUUCACCACCGUAUUUCAAAAGUUCUACAGUUAAGUCCAGAUGAGAUAUCUGGUUCACUCCGCCUUUUAAUUUGUAUUUAAGUUUAUUCUUAUAUUUUUUUAAUCUUUUUGAAUUUUAGAUUCCAAGGGUAGCGAGGGAGCUAUUGGUUUUAUAAUGCUGUUCAUUUAUUUAUUAAUUUUUCUUGGUUCUAAACUGUGGACACGUUUUUUCUUAGAGAAAAGCUCCGAUUUUUACAUGUAGCAACUUUUUUGACAGCUCAAGUUGUUUAAACGGUAUUUUAUAAUGUAUCAUAUAAUAUUGAUAUCUUUUUUUGAUUUUCGAUGCCAUUUUUUAAAUAACAUUAGUGUUCUUCCACACAAGUGGGAAAAAAUGUGGAAAACGUACAAUUUCACGAUUUCAUUAUUUUAUAAAAAUAUAGAUGACGUUUUCUACCAGAAAAAAUGAUUUAAUCGAAAAAUUACAAGGUACCUUUUUUGUUGCCUUUUUGAUUUAAUUUCUUACAAUAUCAUUGCCAAAAAUUUUGAGCUACGUUUGAGUUUUUAAGGAAUUUUAAUUUUUGGGAGAUUUUUGCUGUAAUUCGGUUAUAAGUUCCACGUAGAAACUUGAAACUUGAUAAUAAUAUUUAUAUUUGACUUACUUAGAAGUAGUAAAAUUAACAAAAUCAUCAGACGGCUUUUUUGUUUAAUAAGCGUUUUGAAAUCAAAUUUAAAAUAAAAUCGCAAAAAUAAUUACGGCACUUCAAAUUAUGUAUUACCGAACUACGCUCGGAAUCGUCUUUCGUCAGCAAUGGUUUAUUGUUGCUUACAAAUAUAAAGGAAAUAAUCUUAUGUAUCCUACCUUCCCAACUUCUCACCCACAACAGUGGCUACUCCCAUCCCCAGUAUCAGCUCUUUAUUUUCUUUAUUUGUAAAUUAUGUAAAUGACAAAAAUACGAGUAAACAAACUAAUAUGUAGUAAAUUCCAUAAAUUCACUUUAGAUAUUUACUAAAAAUCAUACUACUUUUUGAAAUUAAAUUUAAUAUUUAUUGUAAACAUUAAUAUAAUACGUAUAAUAGGUAUUUGAAAAAAAAAUUAAACAAAUAACUAUAAAAAUAAAACUAAAAAGGUUAUACUACUUUGAAAACAAAAAAAAAAAGACAAAAUCGUUUUUAUUAUUUUCUGAAAAGUGUUUCUUAUAACUAAUAACUUUUCAACCAAUAUGUUUAUAUUUAAGACGAUAAGUUAAAAACGGUAAUUGUUUGUAAAUAAACCUUUUCAAUUUAAUUAAAACCUUGUAUUUGAUCAUUUUCAGGUGAUGCAUCUGUCAUUUUCGAUUGUAUCAUUAUUACUAAAUUCAAGCAUCAAAUAAUUAUUGAAGCUAUUGUCUACUAAACAAACUAGAGUUUAAUUAUUACAGUUUAAAAAAGAAGUUAAUCUAGUUUAAAAUAAUUUGACACCAUACUUGUACUAGUUGUACUUGAUUUACUCUAUCGCACUGAUUUCUGUCGUUUCAAAAUUAUAAUACCAAUUUUCAGUGUUAUUUAUUCAAUUAGGUACUUAACUAAUAAAUAAGCAAAGCACUGUACUAGAAAAUAUUUUCUUUUUUAAAUUAUAUUAUUCAUAUUUAAUUUAUAAUUUAAAUCGUUAGUUACACGAGAAAGUGACGAUACACGCCUACAGUGUAGUGUUCCCAUAAUAUAAAAUAUUUGGAGUACCGAAUACUUUUAGUAGAUUUACGUCUAGACGCUAUUAAAACGUGUUCAUAACGAACCAACAAUACAAUAAAUAUUGUACAACCGCUAAUUAACAGUAUGUACAUAUCGUAACUACAUAAGCACUUAGUUUGUCCAUAUAUAUUCCGUGUAAAAAACGUACAAAAUUAUUAAGUAGGUUUUCUAACAUUCAGAGAAAAUGGCAGUAGAAAAAGAUAGGGUAAGUAUAAUAUGGUAGCUAUAUGGUAUAUAUUGCAUAUUACGUGCGUGAUAGCAAUGAGUUAUUGAGGUUUACUUCACCUAUGAUAUUAUAUUAUUAAUAUAAAAAAAGAAACGAAACGUUGUUAAAACAAUAUAACUUACUGGAUACUACUUAGAAUCUAGAAUACCUACUGAUAUAAAUAUUUUUUACUUACAAUAUAAUUUUAAUUCGCGGUUAUACUGAAAGGUUGAAGUGUUCAAUAAUUAAUAACUGAUCAUUUGUCGAUUUAACUAACAACGGGCUUAGUAAACGAUUUUUAUGUACUUACGUAUUUUUAUAUCUUGUCAUUCUUAUAAGGUUUUCUCAGUGAGUAGGUUAUUAUUUGGUCAACUUGCUCGAGUGAAUACACACACACACACACGUAUUACACAUUUUUACGAGUACCUAUUGUAUGUACACACAUAAUAUAAUGUAAGUUUGAUUUUUCUCGUUAACAUUGAAAAUAAUAUUUUAAUUAAUUAAUACACAUACCUAAUAUUUUUGUUAAAUCAUUGAUUUUUUGCUUAGUCACCCGUUUAAAUAUUACUGCUUAAUAUUAUUUAUUAUAUAAUUAAAUGUAUUAUUAUAUUAAUAAAAAACAUUACUGUUUCAAUCACUAAUUUUCUCCUUAAAGCUAUUCAUGAUUUUUUUUUUUAUUGCAUCCUAGUAACCUCAUAUAAGGAAUAUUUUGAACGGCUCUUUCCUAGAACUACCCAUCGAAUAGAAUAUCUUUUUCAUUGAUCAAACGUUUAUUUUCAUUACUUUCAUAGCAACCAUAUUUCCUCUCCACAGACUACUGGGCUAUGUAAUUUAUAUUUAUUAUAUUUAUUUUUUUUCCAUCUUCGAUAGUUGAAAAUUUCGCAAGACCAUAGGAACUUUUUUAUUAAAUGAUUUUAAAAGAAUAAAAUUGUAUUUCACGUUAAUUCGUUUUUGAGUGGGAUUUAGGUAUUUACGUAAUACUAUUAUGACGUAUAUGCACUUCUACUAAUUAUAUUCUACACGCUAUAUUACCUACCUAUGUAUAACAUGCCACAGGAACCGCCAAGAAGCGAAUCAGGCAUCGGACCUUAUUGAUGACGAAAACGACCAUACCGUAAUGGACGUGAAACUGUUCAAAACCAUUGGACUGUACCAUUUGCUACAGCCCACCGGUAAAAUCUACCGAACCAGAGUAAAGGUGAUCGUGAAGGUGAUGAUUGCGUUGCACUUGACGCAAAUUUUCGGACUGUAUUAUGCAAUAAAUGAUCUGAAACGGUUCGCAAACAUGACCGUGCUUUCCAUUAGUGGUCUGUCUUGUUUGUUCAAGGGCUACGUACUGGUGACUAAUGGUAGCAAACUGAGGUCCAUGUUGGAGGUGGCCGGGUAUGAAUUCAUGGAGAGCAGUCACCGUGACCCAUCCAAGCUGCACCAGUGUAAGGGCAGACUUUGCGUACUGCUCCGGAUGUUCACUGUGUGCAGCUACUCGACACUUGUCAUCUGGAUCGUGGGCCCAUUCUUUGUGGGUGGUUACGAGCUCAUUACCAACCUGGAUGGCAACGUGAGCGAAUACCGAACAACCAUUAACAAUCAGUGGGUACCUGUUUCCGAGUCUAUGUACAACCUUACACCCGUCUGGGCCUUUUUCUACGCAAUCGAGGCGUUGAUGCUCAUUGUCAAUGUGUUCUGCUGGACGAAUUUUGACUGUUUCUUAGUCACUAUGUGUUUUGUGUUGAAUGCCCAGUUUCAUAUUUUGUCAGCCGGAUACGAAUCGAUUGGACACCGCGGUCAUCGGUCCCAGUCAUCAUCACCACGCUCAACAGGUUCGUGAGGCCUAUCACAUGGAGUCCUAUACAGGGACGGCUAGAAAAUACCGGAAAAUAAUAAUCCGGAAUACAAAAAUACGCACAAUGUAAUGUCCAGGACAAGAAAUUUCUGGAAUGUAAUCUUACGGACUAUAAUAUCCCGGAAAAGAAAUGUUCGGAAUGUCACGCACAAGAAUAAUUCGGAAUUUCAAAAGCACUAUUAAUACUGAUAAUCGUGACACCGGGGUUGAGCAUGUCUAUACAUCUCUAAAAACAGCCAUAAAUUCAUGAAUCAUCUUUUAAUCUUCAUUAAUUUAUUCUGUGUAUAUGAAACAUCGCCAUCUAUCAGUUUUUAAAUUCCGAAAAGUUUUUGUGCGCGUUUUCAGUGCGCGUAUUUUUGUAUUCCGAAUUAUUAUAGUCCGGUACUUUCUGAUUUAGGCAUUUAUGCUUUUCGGAUUUUUACGGUCCCGAAUAUUCUGGUCUAAGCAUUUUUUUUUCGGGUCGAUUACAGUCCGGACAUUUACAGAGUUUCAUAUUCUGGAUUUUUAAAGUCCACUGUUUUCUUGGUUAUAAAUGUAUAUAUUCCGGAAUUUUACAGUCCGCAUAAAUGCUGCUAAUGAUUUUUUUUUCCGGAAUAUUUCAGUCCGUAUUAUUACAAAAAAUGUCCGGAUUUUUACAGUCCGUUUGAUUAUUUUCCGGACAAUUUUGGUUUACUCUAUUAAGGACCUAAUGAUAUAAAAAAAAAAGACAGAAAUACUUUACACAAUGGAUAGCCCACUGUUGUUGGUGAGAAGUUGGGAAGGUUAAGGGGAAAUUUAAUGUACAUCUGUACACAAAGAUUAACCAUUUAUAACGAAAAACGAUUCUGAGUGGAGUUUGGUUAAUAAUAUUGCUUUUUCAAAAUUAUAUGUAAUAUUUUAAGUAAAAUAAAUAUAUAUCGAACACAACAAAAUACGAAUUUUAUAGUUAAUAUAUAUUAUGUGUUGCAUUUGUUCCCCUGUUACCUACCAGACGUGGUUUUAAAAAUGGUACUUGGUAUUAACCUCGUGACUUUUGGUUUGACAACAAGUACGUACCAUCAUUAGAUUACAGAAGACAUUCUAUAAAAUAGUCAUUAUUGAAUUAUUUAAUAUAACUCAUAUAAUAUCUGCAUAAUAUCAGAACUUAAAAAAGGUACAACUUCGAAACUAAGUCAGUCCACUUAUUCUAACUUUACCAUCGUUUUUAGAUCGACAAUAUACAUUAUGUUCAAUAAUGUUAAAAUAAUAUAUUAAAGCAUUAUUUUCGUAAAUUUUCCCCAGUUUUUCCUUUUUAUUGGGACAAAUCCUGGGAAAAGAAAAAAAAUUUCCUCGUUAAAAUACCAUACCAGGAAAAUUUCCUUUAAGAAAAAGUGCUACACUUGAUACUUCUGAACAAGAUUUCUGUUAGAAUUUUCGUAUAGAGUAUAAAAAUAAUAAUAAACACCAUUGUAAAACUAAUACAUUUCUCACUCGUCUCAGAAUCUAAACCUUGUUUCCUUAAAAAAAAUAAAAAUGAUUGUAUGUGAUUGUAAAUGACUGGCCUUACCUAUAGAGUAGCUGAGGUAGUAACCGACCAGACAUACUGAUACAUAAUGAUACUUAAUGAUGUAGAGUAUAAUCACAUCAGUGUUGUCAUUGUAUGUGUAAUAUAAUGUAUAAUAAUACUUCGUAAAAGUCACAUGUAAAGUUAUCUAUCUAUGGUCAUUUUACAUGUACAAAAGGCUCGUCUAUUAGAAUAAGGUCUAUGAGGUAGAUAAAUAUACUAUUUUCUAGUUUAAUAUUGUCAGUUCCCUCCUCUAAUCAUCUAUUUUUGCCAAAACAAUUCCAAAUAUACACAACGAUAACACGGAUAACAAAAUUAUAUAAUAUUAUUGUUGAUUUUUUCAUGAUAUUUUUAAAUUACCCGAAAGACUAUCAUGUGGUUCGUAAUGUGCGAUUUGCUUUGUUUGUCAUCUAUUUUAAAUAUUGAAUAUUAUAAUAUUUUUUUAUCAUUUUAAUUUUGAUUUAUUAUUAAAUAUUAUUAAUUUGUGGUUUUCAAUUCGUUAAACACUCGUGUAAAUAAUGCGAAUAAUAUACGAAAAUACGAAUACCGGGUUGCACCAAAUAUCUACACACAGAUAAACUCGUUUAUCUGAGUUAAAAUACAUGUUUUAAAUUUUAUCUGUUGAUAAAAAUUUACUUUAUUAAGAGUUAAAUUACAGGUCCAUUUAUCGCCGUAUAAAAAUGUAUGUGUAGUUAAAUUUCGUUAUUAAUGUUUUGAGUUAUUGUGGAACAUUAAAUAAUAUAAUUAUUAUAUUAUUUUUGUAAUAAUUUUAGUUAUAAAUUUCAAUCUAAGUAAAAUAACGGUCUCUAAAUUAUGUUUAUAUUAAAUUAUUAAAAAUAGUAUUUAAUAUUUAAACUAGUGAUGUGAUAUAAAUCCGGAUUAUCCGAAAAUCUUGAAUUUCGAACUUCGGCAAAUCCGGAUUUUUUUCACCACUAAUGUAUAUAUUUUUAUUAGUUCUCUUUUAUUAGUGUCUUUUUUUUUUUAUUGUUGUUUAACAUCACUUCUACUGAAAUAUAUUUCGUACACUAAAAACUUGUCAUGUGGGUACUGUAUUAUAUGGUUACAAAAUUCUAUUCUAAACUUCGUCUUUUUUAAAUUUCCAUAUAUUACCAGUCUAAAAUUUGAAAACAUAUAAAUACCUACAGAGCAAUAGGAAACAUAUUAUAUAUAUAAAAGUUCUUCAUUAAAAAGUGUUGGUCUAUUUUUCUUGAGCAUAUUGUUGUUGUUCAUUGUUAACUUAUUAAUUAAUUUAAUUAAUUUAAUUUAUAAACAAAGAUGAAUGUUCUGAUUAGUGAUUUUUAAAAUUAACCAUCAUUAUUCAGUUUAUUGCCGAUGAUAAUAUUAACUUCUACUGCUGGUACAGUAGAAUUAUUUAACAAUGAUUGAUCAAAACUUGUAAAUUUAACACUUAUUAAAAAUUUAAUUUAUUUACAGUUUGUUUAUCAUUAUAUAAAUAUUUAACAGUAGAUUUAUCAAUAGAUAACAAGUUUGGUGCAAGCAGGUAUAACUGCUAAUCUGCAUAUUAUACAAAUAGUAGUACCUCCUACUCACAAACUAAGAUUUAAUGACAUAGUGGACGGGUGACGGGGAACGGGUCACAAAAGUGUUCUCUCAUAUUAACAACACUGUAGAUAAACGGAUUUUAGUGCGGCGGAUGGUUUUAAUAUUUAGGGUCACAUUUGUAUUAAUUAUAUUAUUUACCACCAAAAAAAUAAUUCAUGUUUAUACAAUUUCAUAUGUAGGCAUUUAUUAUUAUAUUCUUACAAUUUCAUUAUGUAGGCAUUUAUUAUUAAAAUGAUUUUGAAUUUAUAAAUAAUUUAUAGUAAUGAAUAAGUGUAAGUGUAGUGUGAAAUAAUUCACUAAUGUAAAAAGAAAUCCUACGAUUUAUUUAUUUCUUUAUAUCUAAAAGCUAAUUGUUUAUUUUAGACAUUAACAAUUAAUAAUGCUAAUUUAGACAACAGAUAGCGUUGUAAAUCGUUGGUGUGCACUUCAACCCCCAGAAUAUGUCUUUUGUACACUGAUUUGUGGUUAUUGAUAGAUUAAUUGUAUUCAGUCUAUAAUAUCUUAGUCUUUGGCAGUACUCAAGGAGUUUUAAAAACAAAAAAAAAAAUACAAAAUUCUCUAUUCGACACGGUCUGGUCUUAUAUAUUCAAAAACGGUAUUUUUUAGUUGAGAAAAAACUGGUUUGGUCAGGUCCGGUCCCAUAGUUUAUUUCGUCAGUAAGGAUCUGUCCUGGUCUUAAUUUCACUUUAUUCGUCUGGUUCACUCUUUGAAAACCCGGAUUGUACAGGCGUAAUUUUAUUAUUGUUGCAGAUAAUUCUAUAAUGGGAAGUGACGCAAAAAAGGAUUCCUACGAUGAAUUGAUCCGUUUCUUAAAAGACAGUCAAAAGUUAAUGCAGUGAGUUACCUAAAACAUACACAAAUAAUAUAUUACGAAUAUAUCACUUUUCGUCAAUUAAAAAUUUAUGGUAACAUAUUAUAACUUAUUAGUUAGACCAAAAAAGAUUAAAGAAACAUUCAUCUUUUUUUUUCUUUCGCCACAAACUUAAAACUAGAGGAGUUACAACAACAGUGUUAUUAAAAAUCAGAUUAAUUAUAUCUUAAUAAGAAAAAGAUUUUGUAAUGCUGUAAAAUGCGUUAAAACGUCCUGGAGUUGUUAUUUCAUUAGAUCAUAACCCUGUAGUUGCCCGUGUUAUAAUAAGAUAAAAAAAAAAUCUGUCCUAGGAUAAUGAGAAAGGAUGCAGCCAUUGUUAUAGAUAAUUUAAUGUAUACCUGUGAGAAAAUAUUAAUCAUUCCUAACGAAAAAACGAUUCUGAGCGGAGUUUGGUUGAUAGUGUUGCUUUAUUAACAAUAUACAUAUAAUAUAUAUAUUAUAUAUGGUAAAAUAAUUACAUACACAUUAUAUUAUGUUUUCUUUAAUAAUAUUUGUUUAAAAUUGUACCAAUUUUUCUGUUACUCUUAGUUUUUUCUGGUUUUUCCAAUUUAUUACUCCUAAGAAAGUAAAAAAAAAAUGACUUCUUUUAAAAUAUCAUUCCAGUCAUAUUUCCUUUUAGAAAAAAUGCUAUCAGAACAAAUCGGAGCAAAAUUGCUGGUAGAAAAGUAGUUCACAGGAAAAAAUGCCGUAAUAUUUUAUUAUACAUUUGUGCAUUUUCCCUUAUUUCCUCUGUUUUUUUCCCCGAUUUUUAGUUAUAUCUAUUGAAACCAAUAUACCAUAAUAGGUUGCGAAAGUAAGUAAACAAAGAGGGGUAAAGUGCUAAGACUAAGUUUAGUUGAGGAGGCAUAACAUUUUGUGGAGAGAUUGGUUAUGACCAUAUGAGGUGAGAUGAGUAGGAACAGAGAAAAGGGAAUAGUGUCUCGUAGAGUACGUAAGAACACGAAGUGAAACAGUGGCUAUUAAAUCGGGAGAGUCAAUAGCACAGUUGAAAAAUUAAGCAAUGAACAUGAAGUCAGCGGCGUCACGCGUGAGGACAGAGUAGGGAUAUUGAUAGUAGAGCGGAUAUGGAAGUAGUCAUGAGGUGCGUGUUCAAUUAUUAAUAGAAAAGUAAUUAAAAAUAGAAAGCGAUUUUAAACUCGUUCAAGCAACAGUUGAUCACAGAAAAGGAAAUAAUACCAAAUGACCGACAAAUAAUCAAAGAACGUACAAGGCUGAACCUAAAGAAGGUUGUGUUGCGCUUGAUGAAGCCAAUGAUCUUGAAGUGCCUCCCAACAGUAACAUUGAUGUGGUAUUUGAAAGAAAUGGUGGGUGAAAGAUAAAAUCUUAGGUCUUUGAUAUGCUUAACACGCAGGAUAGAGUAGCUACCAAGAGAAUAUGAGUGUAGUAUGGGGUUACGUUUCCUAGCGAAGAUCAUCGAGUGACAUUUAUCUAAGUUAAGGAGUAAGUUAAGUUGUUGAGUCCAAACGAAGAAGGCAUUCAGUUCUGCUUGUAAUAAGAGGCAGCCAGCGGGACAUAUGAUUUUACAAAACAAUUUAAUGUCAUCAGCAAAUAAGAGAACAUUGGCAAAAGAGAAACAUUUAUUUAUUGAAUUAAUAAAAAUGAGAAAUUGGACUUAGGUGACCCCCCUGAGAAACACCAGAGGAAACAACUGAUAACUUCGAAACGGCUCAGGGUAAUAAAUUGUCUACUUGAUGUUAAUUAGGACGAUAGCCAGGAAAUAAGCGGAUGGCCGAUACUGAGGGAGUCAAGUGUGGCAAUGAGGAGACCAUAAUCGACUGAAACAAACACCCUUUUGAAGUCUUUAAAAAUUGUGUCAACUUAACUAUUAGCCUCAAUACUGUUUAUUAUGUAGGUGGUGAAGAAAAUGCUGCUAGUGAUGGGAGACUUACUAGGGCGAAAACCAUGAUGAGAAUCUAUAAUUAUGUGGUUUAGAUUUCUUUUGACACAAGAAUAAACAUUAAAUUCAAAGAGCUAGGUGCUAUUUUACCCCUAGGUGGGGUAAAGUAGAUAUAAGUCUGUAGUUUGAGAUAUCAGAGCGAAUACCAGCCUUGGAGAUAGGGAUGAUAAAACUGGUUUUCCUUACACAGGGAACAAUGUCUUCAUCCAAAGAACGCCUGAAUAGAAUGAAGACAGGAGCAGCAAUUACAUUCCGGCAAUUGUAGAGUAGACGAGCAGAGAUGCCGUCCAGGUCGUUAGAUUUAUUAUUUUUCAAAAAUACAAUUGCAGAAAGGAUAUCCUCAAUAUUAAAGUGGCAGUUUUAUGGUAGAUUAAAUGAGUUUAAUGUAGGCCUUAUAAUAUUAUAAUAAUAAUAUACAAAAUCAAAUACUUACAGUAAUUAUCAUUAUCAUUAUUCAUUAUAGUACAAAGAUUUAUUGUUUUCAUAGAUAAGAAUUUUAAUUAUUAGAGCUGGAUAAUCUGAAUUUAUAUCAAAAUUGAAUUUUUGCGAUUUUUCAUUGUAUUAAAUUGUUUUAAAUUAAGAUAAGAAAACUUAGCUAACGCAUCAGGUUCGAUUUUAACAAAGUAAGAAACAACUUUACUUCAUUGCUAAUUAAAGACCUUAAUAGCAGAAAAAUGAAUAAAUAAAUAAUGUUAUAAUUUUAUUAUAACAUUACUAUAUUAACAUAACAAAUUAUUGAUUAUAUUGGUAUAAUUUAUAUAAACAUUUACUUUAACUAGAGUGAGGUGAAAUACCUAUACUCAGCACCAAUUAUAAAUAAAGUAGACACAAUCAUUAGUUUUACAAAUAAUUGCUCGGUGUUUUUGUUAAGGAUAGUUAUUUGACUGUAAUGAUAAUGAUUUUUGAUGGAAAUUAGAAUCUUAUCUCCUAUAAUACUAUUCUUGAUGAUACAGCAUCUAUCACAGAGAAAAAUGGAAUAAUUUGGAAAGGAAACCAAGUUCAUAGUUGUUGACGUCUUGACGUAACCAAGUUUCUGAUAAAAUACAAUUAUAUCAUAGUCCACCAAAGUAACAUUAUGGUCAAAAUCAUCUAGUUUAGUAUUUUUACCACGGAUAUUCUGAUAGUUUUAUAAAAAAAAUUAUAAUUGAUUUGAAAUAACAUUGGAUUUUAUUAGUUUUUUGAGAUGACGGGCAAAUUAUUAAUAUAUUUGAUGAAAAGAUUAGUUUUUCCGGCAGAUUUUCUGGUAUUUACUCAUCGAUUAUACUUUAUGAUGAUUUUGUUGUAGUAAUGUUCUAUCAGUAUACAUAAUAAUGAGUUUAAAAUCAACCAAUUUAUUAGGUUUACGUUUAUUUUUUAGAACAUCAAAAACAUCAUGUUAUAUUCAAUGAGUGCAUCAAUAAUUGAUUUAUUCAUUGAACUAUUUUCAUAAAUAUAUUAUUUUAAGUAUUCCUAAUAAAACUUCUUUUGGUGACAUGUUUUUUGUAGCAUCUUUGAUUAUUAGUUUAUUUUAGGGAGGAUUGUAUUGGUUUUACUAUGAUAUGUUUUUUCUUUUUUAUCUGUAAACAACUUUUCUACCAGAAAUCUUGAUCUGAUUUAUCAAGUGUAAAAUUUUUUCUGAAAAAGGUUUUUUUUAUUUUCCAUGCAGUUUUCAUAAUAAUUGGGAAAAACGUAGGAAAAUGGGAAAAUGUACGAAAUUUAUUAUUUCCAAUUAUAAUUUUAGUUUUAAUUCAAUUAUAAUUAUUUGUAGAAACAUGAAAUUUGGACAGAAAAAUUAUAUUUGAUUACUUUAUUUAAAAUUGACCACAAUGUACUACAAAAAAUGUAGUUUUUUUUUUUUAUAAGUAAAAAUCAAAUUUUGACGAAAAUCGUAAAUAUUACGGCCUUUCAAAACAUGUAUACCAAACUUCGCUACAAUUCGUUUUUUAUUAUCAAUGGUUUAUCGUUAGUUAUAGGUAUAAAUUAAAUAACUUUAUGUAUCCCACCUUCCCAAAUAGCCACCUACAAUAACGGCCGCAACCGUUCCAAGAAUCAGCUCUUUUUAUUUCUAAGUUAAAUAUACUAAGCAUUUUAAAAUACAAAUAAUGAAAACUAACGGUCGUGACAUUGGCCGUAUGCAUUUCUACAAUACUUUUCACCUUAAUCGGCAGUCUAUACAUUACAUCCAUAAUAAUAAUAAUAUUAUGGUAUACGAGUAUAGAAUAAUGAUGUUGGGAAUUAGCGAAUUUAGUAUUAAUUACCUUUUUUUCUCAAGGAAUGUUCCUGAGAAAUCGGGAAAUAAUUCCGGAAUAUUCUUUGUUUCUGGGAAUUAUUUUUAGUAAUACAGCAACAUUAAAGCUAUAUUAAAAAUUACCUAGUUAAAUAUGAUCAUAAUCUUAUAUUUGAUUUAUGUACGUAGGUACAUACUUAAAUAAUUUACACUUCAAUUAUCCCUUCACUAAGUAUCUUUAGGUAUGAUUCUUACUUAUAAGCUCACAUGCUAUAAUCAAUAUUUUAAUAAAUUAAAUUGUAUUUUUAUUUACAUUAUAUAAUGCACGUUUGUUUAUGUGUAAUUAGGAAACUAGAUGAUUUUAUGAUAACCGUACGACCUGUGGUUUUAGUUCAAAUAGCCAAUGGUUCAUGUUCAGUUAUCAUAUUGUUAUUUCUCACUUCAUUGGUAAGUUUUUUUUAAUAAUAUUUGUUCGUAAUUCGUAAAAUGUAUUUUAGAUUGUUUAGAUCAAAUGAUAUAGUAUAGGUAUUAAUUUUAAGAAGGAAUUUAUAUUUUAUUUUUUUUUUGUAUUUACUAUCAAGAUGUACCUUACGGGUGUACCCAUUAUAUCUACACCAUUUUUUAAAUUUUUCUCCGGUUUCAUAUCACUUAACAUUCAACUUUACAUUUAUUGCUACGUAUUCACCUACAUAGAAACAAAGGUAAAAAACUAUACACAAUAAUAUUUUAAAGUUUGAAAUAUCUUUAAUGUUGUCAAUGAUUUUAUUUUAUUAGAAAGAUACAUUAAAUUUUGGAUUAUACUGUAGUAAUUGGACUGAAAUGGAUAAACAAUUUAAAAAGACUUUGUUGGUGGCUAUGAACUUGAAUUCUGCUCAUAAGCGACAAAUGAAAACGAGUCCAGAGUCAGUUAUAAAUUUGGAAAUGUUUAGUAAGGUAAAUACUAAAUAAUUUUUAUUUUUUUUUUUUAUAAAAAAUAAAGUAUUAAUUGAACGAGGUAUUUAAUAACAAUAUAAUAAAAUUUAAGGAUAAUAAUUUUAUUAGAAUAUUAUACAUUGUAUUGUUCAAUACAAAUAUGUUUUAAUUUCAUUAACUACUUAAUUUAGAAUUUGCAUUUAAUAUUAUUUAAAAUGUAACAAUGUUUAACUUGUAAACGACUAAACUUUAAAUUGAAACAUGUUUUUAAAAUAUAAUGAAAAAAAUAUGAAUUGCUUAUAGGUUAAUACUUUGAGCUUUUCUUUCAUAAUAUAAAAGUUAGGAACAAAGAAAAUCAGGAAAAUUGAAACUGCUAACUAUAAUAUUUUCAACAGCAUACACAAAUUUAAACGUAUACGUUUUUUGGUGAAAAUUUCUAAGGUAUAGUUCUUAAACAAAGGUUACAAAAAAAAAACGUGGAUUAACAUAAAUAGAUAUUAUAUUUAAAAGAGAUAACGUUAAAAUUGUUCUGAACUUUCUUAAUAAUUCAUUUAAGACUAAUAUGAUAAGGUGGCCAUAUAAUAAUAACUACUUAGCGUUAGGUGAAUUGUGUCCCAUUUUCAUAAAACUAGGUGAAUUACACAUUAUUCACUGAUUUCGGCCCAUUAGCAUUACCCAAAAUACACCAAGGGGAGAUUCCAAAUAUUUGGUUUUAUUUAAAAUUUGUAGGUUUUAUUAAUCCGUAUAAUAGUAUAAGUAUAUAAUAGGUAAUUUGUGGGUCAAUUUAUAUAAAAUAAAAAUAAAAAUUAUAAAAGUAUAUUAUAUAUUUUAGACAGAUAAAAAUUUAAAUUAAACGGCUAAAUUAUUAUUUAUUUCCUAGGUAUUCCCAGAAGGCAUUCUAUUUCAGUGUUUUUGAAUUGUUUAGAACGAAUUUUUUUGUGUAUACCUAAUAUUUUAAACAUCAUAAAUAUCCAGGCAGCAAUUCACCAAGCUAUGUAUUAACAUUUUAUUUUUGGGACGCAAUUUACUUAACUUGUAAUAACUAGAGCAUGGAUUUGUAUGUAUUUACAUAUUUAUUCUGGUUGAUCGUAUGAUAUGCUAAGUGAGCACAAAAUGUGUUUUUUAGUACAUAUUUAUAUAACGACAUAACAAUUAAAACAAUGAAACUUUUUUUGGUGCAUAUUUUUACAUAUUUCGACAUUUACCCAUUUUUUUUUUGUAUUAUAAGAGCUAUAAUAUUUCGAUUGUUUUUAUUUGUUUUUUUUAGAUGUUAUUGAAAUAUACUUUAUUGUAAUAUAAGAAAAAAAAUAUUAAAUUUUUAUAGUUUCAAUUAAUAUUAAAAUAAAUUAAUAUGUAUAAUUGUAGGUAUAAACGGUUUUUCCAAAUAUUACUUUAGAUCAAUAUCGAUGAAGUAUAAAAUACGUAUACCAAGAUAAGAAAAUAUAGAUUAGGACCAUUGACCAUUGACAUAAUUUCAGUCGCGUUAAAAUAUUUACUGUGCGUUCGUGUGUGCUUUCUGUUGUAAUUCGCGUUUUUAUUACUUUAAUUUUAUCAAAAUGCUGAAAGAUAAAUUAUUGUUAUCGAAAGUCUUAUAUAUUAAAACUACCUACUAAAUGAUGAAAGUAAAGAAAAAAAAAUGAAGAAAAUAUACCCUAUUUACAGUAGGGUUCCCAUUUUAAAUUUAUUGUUUUAAUUAAAUAUUAAAAAAAACAAAUAUUUUUGCUAAUUUUUUUUUGCAUAUUUUAUAUUUUAACAUUUUAGUACAUAUAUUCAUGCAUAUUUAAGAUUUUUUUAGCGCAUAUUUUGUUGGUUUUUAAUGUAUAUAAAUCCGCGCUCUAGUAAUAACUAACCCAUAUUCUUAUUUGGAUUAUACUGCAGGGUCGAAAAAUGAAGCUCAAUAUUUACUAAGCCUUAUUUGUGAUUUUGUCUGUGUAUGUAAUAAAAUAACCUACAGUUGUUAAUGGUUUUAUAAAUUAAAUUAAUGCAAUGUGUUAAUUUUCAGGUGAUGAAUUUAUCGUAUUCGAUCGUGUCUGUAUUAUUAAACUCUAGUCAAGAAAAAAACUAA